GUUGAGCACAUUGCUAGAUUUGAAGACUACCUGCUCCAAACCGCCAGCAUUCAGCAACAUGGUUGCCGUGGUGAGUACCAUGACUACCGUUGGACCAAACACCACCUUACAGGUCUCAGGUGUCAUUCCAACCACUGCCCAAUACAUCUCAGUGUCGCUGGGUGACAACUGGGACAACUUGUCGUUCUACAUGCAAGUGCGCUUUGAAAAGAAGGAGGUGGCCAUCAACAGCAGAGAAGGUGGCCAAUGGGGAGAAGAGAUCACUGGGGUGAACCCCUUCAAUCGGGGUGAACCAUUUGAGGUCAGUGUGAUCUUCACGGGUUCCGACUACAUUGCCUCCUUUGGUGGCCAAGAGGUGAAUCUGCCAAACAGACGCGGGAAAACCGAGACGCCGCAGAUCUCCGUUACCGACCACCUGCAGCUCACAGGUUUCACUGUUGUCAAGUCCUCCAACUAGCCAGGCCACCUGCCAUGAGCUUCAACUAGCCAGGCCACCUGCCAUGAGCUUCAACUAGCCAGGCUUCCUGCCAUGCCAU